AUGCACACUCCUGCGUGCCACAAGGUGACCAGAGCCUCAUUGGUGCUUCUGUGGGUGCCACAGCCAGUACGGGUGCCAGAAGGGCUCUGGGCAGAGCCUGCGGGAGCCCUGGUCACCCUGUGUAGGGUCGGGGCCCGCUGCUCCCUGCUGGGGCAGCGGGGCCGACGCGCUGAUUGCUGCCUGGUCACCCUGCGCAGGGUCGGGGCUGCUGCUCCCCGCUGGGGCAGCGCGGCCGACGCACUGAAUGCUAACGCCACGUCCUUGUCCUUUCCAGCCAGCCGCCUCCCCUUCGCGCUCAAAGGCGGGAGCAGAGGACCAGCUUUGCUGGCCCUGCGAAGCCGGCCGGACCCCCGGGAGCAGAUGGGCAGUGACCUCGGGGAAGGCGCCGUGGACUCCAGCAAUGCAACAGGUUUGACAGAUGAAAAAGUGAAGGCAUAUCUUUCUCUUCACCCCCAGGUAUUAGAUGAGUUUGUUUCUGAAAGUGUUAGUGCAGAGACAGUAGAGAAAUGGCUGAAGAGGAAAAACAACAAACUGGAAGAUGAAUCGGCUCCUAAGGAAGUCAGCAGGUACCAAGAUACGAAUAUGCAGGGAGUGGUGUAUGAGUUGAACAGCUACAUAGAGCAGCGUCUGGACACAGGAGGGGACAACCAGCUUCUGCUGUACGAGCUCAGCAGCAUCAUCAAGAUAGCCACAAAAGCUGAUGGAUUUGCGCUGUAUUUCCUUGGAGAAUGUAAUAAUAGUCUGUGUGUGUUCACACCACCCGGGAUGAAGGAGGGCCAGCCCCGGCUCAUCCCGGCUGGACCCAUCACCCAGGGCACCACCAUCUCUGCUUACGUGGCCAAGUCCAGGAAGACGCUGCUCGUGGAGGACAUCCUCGGGGAUGAACGAUUUCCAAGAGGUACUGGGCUGGAAUCGGGAACUCGGAUCCAGUCUGUUCUCUGUUUGCCGAUUGUCACUGCGAUUGGUGACUUGAUUGGCAUCCUUGAGCUGUAUCGGCACUGGGGCAAAGAGGCCUUCUGUCUCAGCCAUCAGGAGGUUGCAACAGCAAAUCUCGCCUGGGCUUCAGUCGCCAUACAUCAGGUGCAGGUAUGCAGAGGUCUUGCCAAACAGACGGAGCUAAAUGACUUUCUACUGGAUGUAUCCAAAACAUAUUUUGAUAACAUAGUUGCAAUAGAUUCUCUACUUGAACACAUAAUGAUAUAUGCAAAAAACCUGGUGAACGCCGACCGCUGUGCCCUUUUCCAGGUGGAUCAUAAGAACAAGGAGUUAUAUUCAGACCUUUUUGAUAUUGGAGAGGAAAAGGAAGGGAAACCCAUCUUCAAGAAGACCAAAGAGAUAAGAUUUUCAAUCGAGAAAGGAAUUGCUGGCCAGGUAGCACGGACGGGGGAAGUCCUGAACAUUCCGGAUGCCUAUGCGGACCCACGUUUCAAUAGAGAGGUGGACUUGUACACAGGCUACACCACGCGGAACAUCCUGUGCAUGCCCAUCGUCAGCCGCGGCAGCGUGAUCGGCGUGGUGCAGAUGGUGAACAAGAUCAGCGGCAGUGCCUUCUCCAAGACGGACGAGAACAACUUCAAGAUGUUUGCUGUCUUCUGUGCGCUGGCCCUACACUGUGCAAAUAUGUACCACAGGAUUCGCCACUCGGAGUGCAUCUACCGGGUGACCAUGGAGAAGCUGUCCUACCACAGCAUCUGCACAGCGGAGGAGUGGCAGGGCCUCAUGCGCUUCACCCUGCCGGUGCAGCUCUGCAAGGAGAUCGAGCUAUUCCACUUUGACAUUGGUCCUUUUGAAAAUAUGUGGCCAGGGAUUUUCGUCUAUAUGAUUCACCGGUCCUGUGGGACAUCUUGCUUUGACCUCGAAAAAUUGUGUCGAUUUAUCAUGUCUGUGAAGAAGAACUACCGGCGCGUCCCGUACCACAACUGGAAGCACGCGGUCACCGUGGCGCACUGCAUGUACGCCAUACUUCAGAACAACUACGAGCUCUUCACAGACCUGGAGCGCAAAGGGCUGCUCAUCGCCUGUCUGUGCCAUGACCUGGACCACAGAGGCUUCAGCAACAGCUACCUGCAGAAGUUCGACCACCCGCUGGCCGCGCUCUACUCCACCUCCACAAUGGAGCAGCACCACUUCUCCCAGACAGUGUCCAUCCUGCAGAUUCACGCAAAUGACCGCCACCCUGAGCCUCAGCCCACGCGCUCUGCCUGGCUUCCUCUGGGCCUGACCUCUCUGCAGCCAGGCCCGGGCCGGCCCACUCACGCUUACCUCUUCUACUCCCCUCCCAGCACUGACUCCCGCGAGGUGUGUGGAGGGGACAGGCGCUUCCUUCUUGCUCCCCAUAGUGAACUGACUGACCUGCAGGGGCCCUGGCUUCCUGACCUGACCCUGUGUAUGGCUCUGUGGAGGAAGAAGGAGCAGAGAGGGCCUCACCUCUCAGAUCCAAGUGUCCGCACCUGUGAGACAGCCCGCGGCGUACAGCAGCGUGCCAUGCAGCAGAGAGGGGGUGGGGAGGGGACGGGGGAGGGCGCAGGGGGGGUGCCGGUGGCCUGCGCCCUCGGGGCUCCCAUGGAUUUUACCAUAUUGCUUCUUGGCUCUGCCUCCAGUUCCGACUGUCCCCUCCCUCCCCACCCAUCUCCACUCAGAGACCGUGUAAUUGGUUUGAUGAUGACUGCCUGUGAUCUUUGCUCUGUGACCAAACUGUGGCCGGUUACAAAACUGACGGCAAAUGAUAUCUACGCAGAGUUCUGGGCCGAGGGUGAUGAGAUGAAGAAGCUGGGGAUCCAGCCCAUCCCCAUGAUGGACAGAGACAAGAGGGAUGAAGUCCCGCAAGGCCAGCUCGGAUUCUACAAUGCCGUAGCCAUUCCCUGCUACACCACCCUCACCCAGAUCCUCCCUCCGACUGAGCCUCUCCUGAAAGCGUGCAGCGACCCUGACCCAGUGCCCCCCCGUGACCCCGACCCAGCGACCCCCCGCCCAGCGACCCCCGACCCAGAGACCCCUCCAGUGACCCCCCUCAGUGACCCCGACCCAGAGACCCUGAUCCAGUGA